UAAUAAAUAUUAACUACGACUACGAUUUCUUAAUCCGAUUCACUGUAUUUCUUUUACUUUGUUGUAUACCCCUUCUUCAUUCUUAAUUCACACAACCAGCUACACUUGUUGAUGGAAAGUCAUAAUCAACAAAGCGUGCUGCCUUUUUCGGCUGAUACAAAGGUUAUCGAAGCAAGAACUGCAGUACUACUGCGAAAUACCAGCUUAUAUACCACCCGUAAUGAAAUUUCCUUAUGGCUUUUAGAGCAUCUCUUUUGUCCUUUAACAACAAGUAAUUACAAUGAAUAUCAAGUUUUGUACCUUUCAGGAAACGUCAAACCUGUCUGGGAAAGGAAACGAAAGGAACCGAAAGAAGGUUAUUAUACAUCACCUCCUACCACAGUCGCAGUAUCUCCAGCUACAGAAGGAACAUUGACUCCACCAGUUAUCUCCAGUCAACUGUUACCUUUGGCCAACAAUGAUACAAAUAACAAGAUGUAUAUCAUGACGCCUCGUACAAAGCUCCUAGUGAUUACAAAGGAACAACACAUGGUAUUUAUGGUUGAUUUAAGCUCUAGUUUAGCUACUAUAGAAACAAGUACUGGAAAAGUGAUGAUGAAGAAUGCAUAUGAAGUGCUGGAAAAUGUCAUUUUGGGAUUAGUACAGCCAUUUUCUUUGGAUAUAACAGAUGGUCCACCUAUAAUGAUUGAACAUACUCUCUACAUUACUGUUAUUGCAGAGUGCUCUCAGUUUGGAUCCAACAUGAAUGUGAUACCUAUAUUAGCGGAAUACCCUACUAUGCGAGUGUUAAUCCAAAAUAUACAAGUGUCGAUAAGCAACGUAUCUUGUGUGUUGAAAGUAUUACAUGAUGCAAUUGAUAGUUUUAUAAUGGACUUGGGCAAAUUUAGAAAGAAGUUGACUAUAAAAAGAUCAAAGUUAGGAUAUGAACUUGACGUACGGAGUGAUCACUCACAGGCAGUAGAAGACAAUACAAGCUCAAGCUACAGCAUAUCUACACGAGAUUCACAGGCUCAACAGCAGCAGUCAUCAAAACAAAACACAACUCAAGCGAAUACCAAAGAAUUUGACCAACAAAGAUCUGAAGCAAGCAGCAGCAUUAAAAAUUCGAGCAGUCCUUCUCACCACAGUCGUCAUCAUCGUCAUCAUAGCCAUCAUCGACAGCAUCAUCGACAGCACUCUUCAGGAUUGCUUGGUAAUAUACCUUCAGCCAGCACAUCCGCUACUCCCAACACGAUUAGCGCCACAGCUUCUGUUACCAGUGCUGCUAGUUCUAGUAUAGUAUCACAUAAGCGAUCAACGUCCAAGGAUCAUAAUAAGAAAGAUGUUUGGGGAGUUGGAAAAACAGGAAGUACUCUGUCUUAUAUAUUGCGUGCAGGUCUAUUCGCAUUAGAAUUAGUACCCAAGCGGGGCAAGCGAUCGAUCAUAUUGAUUACGGAUGGUGUGGUGAAAUCAAAUGUAGCUGAUGAGACGGCCAUUCGACAGCUAACAAGCGAAGAUGUUUCAUGCAGUGUUAUUCAAAUAGGACAGGCCACAAGUUUUUUCCCUGGAUUAAACUUUGGCUUUAUUCCUGAUAAUGAAAUACUACAAUUUGUAACAAUUGCUACCAAUGGUAGCUUUAUGUUUGCUGAUGACUGUCUGCCGAUAUUGAAAGAUGCAGCAAACGUACCUUCUAACUCGCCCAAUUUUUAUCAUCACAAACUACUCUUAAAUGAGAUCUCUUUAGAUAAGGUGAACACAACACGACUCAUGGUUAGAAAGAACAAGAAGAGUGAUAAUGUCGAAUCGGAAGCGAAUGAUGAAGCGCAUAAUGUCGCUAGGAACGAAUCAGCCUAUCAAAGAGUAUUCCCCUGGGAUCCCUUUGCGGCACCUAUCAAUGAAGAUAUGGGAUUAUUGAAAUAUAAAGAAUAUUUUCUACCCACAGAAUGCUGGCAUUUUAUGCGGGCAAGGCUUCGGCAAGGUUUUAUACUACACUCUGUCUCUUUGUUUGAUGAAUACCCCAAGUCCACAGUCAAAUCUGCAGCGAAUAAUAAUCUGCAGGCGGCAAGUAUAGCAGAAACGGCAGAUAAUUUCCAAAAAAAGGAGCGUGUGGUCAUUGUGCUCAUCUUGCGCUGGCAGCCCCAAAUCACAGUUGAGUACAGGAUAAAGUCACUAUGGACUUCCUUUUUACGAAGAUACUUGAAAAGCAUCUCUUUAAAUCAAGAAAAAAUGGUUCAUAUUCCUGAAGAACCGAGCUCAGAAAACAUUGACAGCAUUUUUAAUUGUAUGCGUGCACCAAAGGCAGAAAUCCUUGUGAGAGCAACAACAUCAUUCUCUCACAUGCUGCAUAACUGGGAUUCCUUUCAAAGAAGAACUCAAAUGUUGGUUGUACAAGGAGCAAAGACUACCAUGGAUCUGUCAAGUGCACCAGGCUUUAUUAAAGUUGGCAAGAUGAAACGACUUCUUGAAAGGCUUGCUGAUUCGGAUAACAUGUUAAAGCAGUUAUUACAGUUUAAUCAGGCAGAAAAGUCUCAACAUAAUAACCCGGAACAAUCAGUACUGCAGCUGAAUCAUUUAGCCAAGUUUAGUACACUUUGGGCAAAGCUUGACCGAUCAGAUAUUCGUGCCUUCAACAUGUGUUGGUAUGAUGAAGUAUCUGUCAAUUUGAUUAUCUAUCAACCGCCCUCUUUAUCAGAUUCUAUGAACCUUUAUAUGGAUGACAACAUAGAGUAUGACGAAACUGAGCUGACUCUUUUUCAAAUGUAUGCAAAAUUGGAGAAAUGGUCAAGCUUUAUGAGUGAUGAUCGACAAACAUAUAUAAAAGUACUCAACUCAAAUGAACCAUUUGCUUCACAUCAGUCAAUAGAGAACUGUAAUAUCAGUCCUAAGCACGCUACUCCUCAAUUUUGUGAAUUACGAGUGUUACGAGAGACUGAUAGACUUAUAUGCCUAAAGUUCAUGUUUUUCAAUAUGGAUGCAAAUUCUCGUAAACUGACUGUUGACACCAUCUUAAACAUGUUGAACUGCAAGCAAGACGAUAAAGCCUCUGUUAUGGAUUCAGGAGUAAGCGAGCCUGUAUAUGAUGCUAUAAACGCGGAUCAAGCCUUUGAUGCGUCUUUUUCAAGUAUUAUCACCAUGCGUCCACUCUCUGAUUUGCUUUUACGUGACACUCUACAUCUUGCAUCUAGGCAAAAUGGCGAUCAGGACAAUAAAUCAACUAAAUCACUAUGGUUUAUUAAUCCAGCAUUUAUAUUGACUGGAGAGUUCAUUGUUAGGAACUAUUUGCAGCAGACAACCUGGCAUUGGGAUAUACAAGAUGUUCACAAUGAUAUAGGGUCUCACAACAAAACGUUGACUCCGCUAAUAGACUUGGCGUUUGAAUACAUCGUGUUUAAUAGAUCAGAAAAUAAAUGGAAUACGCUCUCUUUCAAUAAGUCGUUUGGUCAUUUUUAUAAAGAAAUCACUACAUCAAAUCAAUCAGUUUAUUCAGCUCAGUAUUUCAUUUGGAAGGAUAACUAUAAAAAGGCCAUUACCACUGAAGUAUGGGUUGAACCAUGGUCAAAUGAGAACACGUUUAAACCGCAAGAAGCUUUACAAAACGAAGUGUUUGAAAAGGAUAAAAGCAUUAUUACACCGUUAAUCACGUUUGAUAUUCUCUAUGCUUUUGGUCAAAGCAUAUUCACAACUGUUGGUAAUGCAUUAGUGGAUCGCUUAGAACAAGAAGAUGACUUUAGAAACGCUACUAAGUGGAUACAGAAAUCGUCACUGUUUAAUAUCUCAUCUGUGCUUCGUUUAAGCUCUUUACUUAUUGCUACUUACUCCUGUCCGAAUUAUGAUAGACAUUAUCAUCCUUUGGAAGCUGGAGAUCCAUCUUCAGUAGCUAGUUUAACAACGAAUUCUAGUAACACAUACGCACAGCAGACAUAUCCGAUACUUGAACACGACAAUGCAUUCGGAAACGGAAGACGUAACCCGACUGGCACCAGAUCACGUACAGCUUCUAGAUUCAGCCCGCUUGGAUCUCCACUUGCCAAUUCUCUGCACUCGUUAAAUUCAUCAACACCUUUAGACUGGAACAGUGAGAAGAAUACAAUAUGUGCAUGUCCAAGGCCAGAUUCGCUGUUCUUCAAUGAAAGAGACAAUAUCUCAAAAUUACGCCCUGUGUUACGAGAUAUUGCUUUACUUCAUUAUUAUGUUGAACAAUCUUUGUUUGCUAUAGCUGACAGAACUCUUUCUUUAAACAAGGCAAAUGGUGACGACUUUUAUGUUAACCUAAUCAAAGAUUUAAUAGAAACAAGUGAAGUGGCUGCCACUCAAAGUACAUUGUUUGUAGCGCAAAAUUUUCGUGAUCUUCGAUGCUUUAUCAAAACAUUUGAUCCUUCGGCCUUUGUUUUGAUACUGAUGCCUCGAUUGGAUGCAGUCGUAAAGGGCUUAAAUCAUUUUGAAUCCAAGUUAAACCAGGAUAGACAGCAACAUCCACUCGAUAGAAUCAGUUUGAUGAUCUUUGAAUGCCAUCGACAGAUUUCAAGAAAUAGCAGUAACCCGUUAAGUACCAGUUAUCAAGUAAAAAUCCAGCCUAUAAACCCUGCGUCUUCAAAGGAAUGGAUAGAAAGUUUGGGUUCUACGUUAAGACCAAGUCUUCUUAGAGGACAACUUUUGACGACACUUCCAGUGGAGCCUUUGUCGGAUAGAACUCUUCGAUUGAUGCAGAGCAUCACACAAAUCUAUUCUAGGAGCUUUGUAAAGUCCGUAUUCACCUGUCUUUUACAUGGAAGAGCUGUCGAUUCUGAAGACUUUGAGAAGGUGUUAGAGAUUUGCGAUGAAUCAAAUUUAGACAUAGACCUCACUGGCUAUUUGAAUGUACAGACGUUAUUAAACAGACAUGCAAGGAUUAAUGAAGAAGAGCUUGUAUCAAUCAAUCAGCGGUUUAUAUCAGUCCUUGGACACUAUUUUGAGCCAGUUAUUAUCUCAAAUUCAGAAUGGACAAAUAUGUACUGCUAUAGACCUCCAUUUGCAAAGGUGGGACAGAAGCUUGGUCUAUCAUUGUCAUCAGGGGAAAAGCCAAGUAACCUGGCAGACGUUGUGAUGUGUGCUCAAAAUCCGCUUUUCGUUCGACUUGAUUGCACCCUUCGCAAACCAUUACCCGAUGGGACUGGGUUUACAGAAAUUACGUUCCCUUUGAACACCCUUCCUUCCUUGUAUGUGGGCAAAUUAGAUAACGGAACGCCAUAUAACUUUGAACCAAAAUAUAUUGGCACAGAAUACUCGCCUAUAGUUUCUGCUGAUGGUACAACUGCUACCCUCCAUCUGGUUUGUAUAACGCUUCCACAGUCAGAAUAUGAUCCACCGAAUACUAUACUAUCACAUCUAUCUGACUGUCCUGCUGACAAUGCAGCUCAGCAUCAGACGUCAUUCUUGGACGAUGACAAGGCUCACCGAGCAAGAUUACCAUCACUUGGCCAAGAUAAACAAGAUGCCCUUGUUGAAACUGAAGCUAGAUUAACUUGGCUGUUUACUGAAGAGAUCAUGCAUGGAUUAUUAAGAUCUGGUCCUGUAACAGAAAAUGUUAUUCGUUAUAUUGAAGCACAGUUGAAAAAGAAGAACCCAUUUGUUGAUUUUCCUACGACUAUGUUCAUUCCUCUUGCAUUUGUUAAAAAUCAAAAGGAAAGUCGUCGUAUCUUCUUUGAAGAAAUCGAGAAACAAAACAAUACGCCAUAUCGAUUAAUUCGUGUAGGAGAUUGCUUUUAUGCUAGUGAUAAUGAGUCUGAGCCUAUGCAUAUAUCGCGUCAGCAUAACAUAGAUGAAGAAGGUGAUGUGUUUGAUGGUGAUGGCUUAAACAUAACUACUAGUAUAAGAAGAGAAAGACAAGGUGAUGACGAUGACCGAAGUAAUGAUGAGUACUGUGAAGGCUUAGGAAUAAGUAUCUUAGAACCAGAAACAUCAGAAGAGAGUUCAAGGCAAAUAGUGAAGCAAGAACCUGUUCACCCACAGCUCUAUUGGCUGCUGUUAAUCCCUCAAGCACAUAGUGUUCAAAUAUACUUUUAUUCCAAGGUUCAACAGUCAGUAAACAGAUCUGAUAUCAUUCGUAUUACUAAGUCAAUGGUGAAUGAAGUUAUGGAGCGGACGAAUAGGUUGAUUCUUUUGCAACAUUUGCAUGACUCUCGUAUUUGCAGCAAAUACCUUAUUGCUCCAGUUGAAGGUGAAAAGCAACUGUAUUCAUCGGAAGAAGAGAGUUCGGAAGAAGAUGAAGAUCCUAUAACUGGUACAAACAAUAAUUUGGUGGAUAUACUAUCAACUUCAGGAGAAGAAGCUAGCGUUUCACCACCAAGAAAGUUUGUACCUGGCCAAUUUAAAUGCGAUAUCGUAUUCACAAAGCGAUUUCCAUUACACUGGAGACUGCAGCCCAACGCGGCUUUAAACAAACUCAUGACAGACACAUUAUUACCUUUCCUUGUGAAAAACAAGCCUGGAAUGUUUGUCAUUUCACACAAAAACUCUGUCGUUUAUUGCUUGCUUUCAGAGGUCAAUACGAUGAUAACUGAUGGUGCCAUAGAACCUUCCAUUUAUGCAGCAGAAGAUAGUUUACUUAGUCAGCCUGAAUCCAUUUAUGGUACAUCUCUUAUCAACAAUCCUGAUAACAGCAUAUUAAGCACCUCACAUACAAGAACUCGUCACCCAUCCUACAUUUAUCCAAAGCCUUCUCCGCAAGGAAGCAUUACUAGCGAUCGUCAACAGCCAAGUCCAAAAAAUAGCCCAAGCUCGACAGACAUAGGAACAUCUGCUUCAUCACCAGCCAAUGGGAAGAAAUUGAGCAAACAGUACGAAGGGCGAGAGCUUGUUCUCGAAGUUUAUGGCGUUGAGGCUGAUUCCUAUAUCAUUGAAGGCCUUGUGGAGAUGAUUGAGUCAAGAAUCACAUCAGAAAUUACUUUGAAAGAAGUUCAGCAAUUUCUUAUACGCAAUCCUACAACCAGAUUAUCUCGUGCAGACGUUGACUUUAUCUUACCGGUUGAACGGGAGCCAGCGUUGCAGGAACAACUUUGCAUCCCCAGUUUGGUGAGCAACAUGUCUCUGUUUCUAAAGAUCUUGCGAAAGAACAUAUUAACAUACCCUUCUCUACACACUCUCCACUCAAACUAUCUUGCGAGCACGGUGAAGAGACACCAUAUCCUGCACUAUGAUGGUUGCUCUGGAUUAGGUGAUUCAUAUCAUGCCAAGAGUGAGGACACAAGCAAAACCGGGUUGGCAGAAGAGUGGUCUUACUUAAGCUUGGCGUUUUAUUAUAAUUACUUAAAUCGAGCACCUGGUACAUAUCUGCCAUUUGAGCAAAGAGUAGGUGAAGGCAUUGCAGGAAUAUGCCUAACAGUCACUGAUGAUAAUGGCAUCGUUUUUUCAAAAACCGUAUUUGACAAUGAUAUAUCCACCUUAAAUAAGCGACAGCGAUUGACGUUGAAGGCGCUUAAGGAUUGCUUCAGUUUUAACUUUGAGCAAGCAAAUGGACACCAUGGAGGUUAUAGGCUUUGCAUUGAUAUAUGGACCUACAGUAAACUUGAAGUGCAGCAUAUUUAUGAAGUCAUCUACAGGUCAUUCAAGCAAAGCAUCUGCGACUAUCUAAUCGAAACAUCCAUUUCAUAUAUACCUCCAGGUACCUCAACUAGGAAAUCUAAACUGGAAGAUGAGUUUAAGACGAUCGCUUCUCUACUCAUAUGCAUCCUUGAACAGGCGUCUAAAUGGGAAAGUCCAAGCGUUCGAAAGUUUUCACGUCAGAUUAGUUUGACACCAUGGUAUUUUGAUGGCCUAGUAUCUCAACUAAAGUGUGAUCUACAAGACAUUCACGCAUCUCUAGAUCCUAUUAUCGCUCGAGCACAAUUGUCUAUUAGCUUAGAUGGUAUUUUUGGUGAUAUGAAUCGUGCAAGUUCAAUACCAAAUUAUCGGUUAUACAAUCCAUUUGAAGUCUUUGAAAAAUCAUUCGAAAACACCAUGUUACCUGAAGAAGAUGAAAUUGACGAGCGAUACCCCAAGAUCCGUAGCAGAAUAAAGAAGAGCUUUGCUUAUUUAUCGAGAAAAGGACCAUCGGCCGAGAUUACUCAAGAUGAAUCAUUAGGCAAGCAAAGACGAGCAUGUAAUCAAGAUGAAAAAAAGCUACAUGAAGUGCCAACAUUUGACCAUAAAAACUACAAGUAUUUGAUCAUAAGCGGUCUUCCAGAAGUCCUUAGCAAAUACUCGCAGCCGUCUAGUAGAAGGUUUAGUACAGAAACUAUGGAUAUGUCGCAAAAAUCUCGGGGCCCGCUGAGUUUGUUUGAAGAAGAACUAGCGUUGUUUAAUCGAAAGGAUCUUUCAUUAAGAAGAGAAGAUACUGCUAGUAUUCAUAGUCGACAAGAGUCACUUGCAUCAAGUACGUCAAAACCAUUACCUGGAUUCAUCUCGAAGCACAAAGGGAGUGAAUAUAGAGACACGCCAAAUUUUCAUAGCUUUACGUUAAUGACAAUAGACGUCUCUGAAUUGACAAUGUAUGCCUAUAAUUGCUCUGACAAUUUCUCAGACCAUGUGUUCAAUACAAUGUAUAAAAACGUUGUACUGCAAGAGACUCGACACAUGAGCUUAAACAACAUACUACACCAAAAGCUGGGAUUGUUCUAUCAUACUGACAAAAUGUCAAAGAUCAUGGCCCAUAACAGUAAUUGUAUAAGCAGUUUAACGCCGCCGUCACUAGUACAAAGCAACAGCUCUGCAAGUAAUCUCAGUACGCCUCUGCAGCAUACCGCACUGACGCAAGUUCAGAAUAUUUCAAGUAACAGUAGUGCAAAGUCGCCUAGUCUGGCGAACACCAUUGUUCGAUUAACUCAAAUUGACUCGUCAUCCUCUAUUCCGUCUAUUGAAAGCACUGCAAGCUCUACAGAGCAGCGAAACAGCAACCCAUGUAGCCCUAAACCCAGUAAUCAGAUUAUAGUCAACUUUGAAAGUUUGAAACAACUGAUAAAGAAUACAUACGAAUUUAACAUCAGAUACAAGAUACAGCAGCAACAAGGGACCCCUGAUAUAAUGUCUUUUACAACCAACAACAUCUUUGAUAUAGUUGACAAUGCCAGACUUUGUAAAACAGCUUCCAGAUCUACAAACGGCUCAACAGGCGAUGUUAUCUAUUCAGCAGCAAGAAUGGCUGAUGCGAACACUGUUUUACGUGAUACAUAUGCCCGACCUAUUGAGCUCAACAAGAUUCCUUAUUCCACGGAUUAUCUCGUACGCCACGGUGAGCCCUAUUUGCACAUGUAUCUCUCAAGGUCGAAGCCCUUAGAAGCUCAUGAAAAAGCCUUUAAAGUGUAUACAAAGUGGGCAGAGCGCUACUACGGUUCGGGACAAACAAGAACCGUUGAUGAAAUGAUGACCGUACCAGAACUUCAAGAAAUUCUGAAGGCUUCAAGGCUGCUGCAUUUCUGUAGAACACCCAUUAUUUUCUCUGAGAUCACUGCAGGCCCUUCCCUCACCUCUGAGCUCAAUAACGCGUUGAUAGACAACUUUGGUAAAUCUGAGGAGAUGACGGCAUGGUACGAAAGACUUGCACGUACAUUCAUGAAGGAGUACGCUUCCUACCUCGAAGGCAUAGGAAUGCACUUGAUUGUUUAUGGCCCAUCGAAUGAUCAGCCAGACGAACUUGAAACAUAUUUGUCCCAGUUUACCAUUGCCGAGAACUAUUCUGUUAAUUCGCCAGUUGUAUAUCUACUGCAAGUUUUUGAAGGAGGGUCAAUCAUGUGUGAAGCUCGAUUGACUGGCGCCUUUGUUUCUGUAACCUUGUAUACGUUACAUCGUAGAUAUGGUCGAUUGCAGUAUUCGCCUAACUCACAUCAAAGUUUGGAAGUUGGCAGAGAAAAUUUUCAAAACUUUAUGGGUGAAUGUGACCAAUUUAAGCAAAGGAUACAUGUCAACUCAUUUGUUUUUGAUUUUCACCUUCGAUACAUUCAACGCAGUCUGGACGAUGUUGAUCUUUUGCCACCAUCCUUGGAUUUGUUGAGCAUGAUAAAGAAUAUUGCGUUGAUUUAUGAUCGUCCUGCUAUCUAUGCUAGAAACAGAAUGAUUCAUGGCACGUAUGAAAUGCCUGUGGAAGACGCACAAGAUAGCCUUGUGUCCUGGAUGUUUGCUUCUGGCUCAAAACUUGGUCUUGGGGCAUUAAGAAGAAACGGCCAUCCAGUUGCUUGCUUUGUAUCUUCAAGCGACUUAUCCUUUGAUAUGCAUUUAACUCACAAAGAUACUGAAACUUCUCUCUUCCGCUAUACUCUGCUAAUAUGUCCAAUGGAUGAUGAAGAAGAAGAAAGCAACAGUAGACAACGCUGUGAUAGUAUAAGCACACAUCAACAAGGAAGCUUUGAUAUGUCUGGUCCUAAUCCUAUCAAAAAGAUUAUCGGAAGAGAGCCACAUGUCAAUAUGCAUAAAGUAACGUUGCAGUAUUUUAUUCUUAUUACUUAUCGUGGUAUGGAUUGCUGUAAUAGUAUAGAACAAUCUCGAAAGGCAUGGUCAGAAGCACUUAAAGCCAGGCCGAGACGAUAUCAUAAUUUUCUGGAUGAAAUACUUGAACCUCAAAGCAUCACUAUGAGAGAUGUCUUUAAUGCAGCUAAAGCCAAGUUAAGCGAUAUGGCAAAUAAGGCUAUUUACUAUUAUCGGCGUGAAAAUGAUUGGAACAAACUAUAUGAGAUUACUGCAUCCCACCCAGUAAACAACAUGUCACCUCAUGAAUUGGUGGACUUGGCUUCUCAGUUCAGCCCCAUUGAUUUACGUAAAAUAGACCCUUUGCUUUCCAAAAUGUUGGAUCUAAGAGGUAUUGAUUGGAAUGAUCUUUUGGAUUAUUUAAAGCUAUUUUAUGUUGGUAUGUCUGGAGAAAUCUAUACGGCAGAGACCAGACAAUUAUUAUUAUUUAUCAACCAUAUACCGGCAUUCUUCAGUAUAGUAUAUAAACCUGAGGCAAUGGUCACUAUUAGCAUCAACAGUAGAGAGGAUAGAUCAGGGCCAUACACACUAGAUGAAGAAGAGAAAGUUGCUAUUAGUCAACUAGUAACUAUUAUAUCAUGUUAUAUUUGGAAACAAAUAAAGUAAAUACCUAC